AUGGCAGGGAAGUCGGAUAAAAAACAGGCGGCGGCUAAUCUUUCAAACCUAAAGACGCUAUAUACAUUGAGCAUACCGAUUAUCAUAUUGAGCGGAAUUCGUUCUCUGGUGUUUUCAAGGGAUAGUUUAUUUUACUAUGCUCUUUUGCAUGGACCACUGUUUGUGUGUAUGUAUGUGGUGGAGAGGUCGGGUCGGCCACAGUAUGACGAGCGAGGGAGGGUGAAGAAGGCGGGGAUUGAUUUGAACCAGUCCGGGGGGUUGACUGGGGCUAUAUUUGACGUGAUCUACAGUUCGUUGUUUUGUGAUGUGGUGAAGUUGGUAUUCAACAGUAAUUGGGCGUGGUGCGUAAUGGUGUGGUUACCGUUCUACUGGGGGUACCAGCUGUACCUUUUACGGAAGUCGAUGUUUUUUGGUGCCGGUGGCGGUGGCGGAGCCAGGAGGCAGUAG